AUGCUUCUGUGUGCAAAUAUGCUGGGGCUGCUUUUGCUGCAGCCACUUCUUUCGAGCCCAAGGCCGCUAACUUCACCGUCUAAAGGGUGUCCUGGCUGCAAAGGAAAAGCUUCUCAAUUACUCACGGCGGGAGAUAUGAAUGGCAGCACUCUGAGCAUUGGUGAGCCAUGUGGAGUCUACACACAGAACUGUGCCAAUGGGCUGCGAUGUGCGCCCACGCAGAGUGACCCGCGGCCCCUCCGCACCCUGCUGGAGGGCAGGGGUGUCUGCAGUAACGUCAGCAUCAUCAGCUGGACGGAAAAGAGCCAGACUGCAGAUCCUGCACCUACUGAAAAUCCGGUGGAGGCACCAUGUCGAAAGCUGCUAACCACACUUAUCAGGGGCCUUGAUAGCUAUUUAUUCAAGUCUCAUCAUGAUAUCUACAUGCCCAACUGUGAUAAACGUGGCUUCUUCAGAAAGAAGCAGUGUUGGUCCUCUCGAGGUAAACAACGAGGGAGCUGCUGGUGCGUUGAUGAGAGUGGCAUGCCGGUGACAUCACAUCAACAGAAAGGCUUGACUUGUUGA